CAUCAGUCGUGCUCGGAACUUACCAGUGCAGUCAGCUACACAACGGACAACGCAAAACCACGGCAGCAAGAGGGCAGACAAGGACGAGCAACGGAGCCUUCAAACUUGCUUGCUGACUCCGACAAGCUGCCACCAGCUCUGGCGAUGGGAAGCUGCAGCUCUAAAGCGCGCCGGCGGCGGCUGGCAGCGCUCGCCGCGCCCGUCCCCGCGCCCGUCGCCUGCCCCUGCGCGGCGGCCGCCCCCGCCCGCGCCCAAGGCUACGCCCACCUCCGCACGUACGGCCAUCCGCGCCCACCGCCGGGCACAGCUGCUGCCGCUGCUGCGGAGCCGGCAGGCCCGGGCGCCGCACCUGCUGAUGGCCCCGCAGCCAUCAAGGGCGCCGGCCCCACCGCCGCUGGCCUUGGUGCCGGUGCCGUCGCCGCCGGCGGCCCCGGAGGCGCCACAGGCGGCCCCGCCGCGGCCGACGACAUCGACGUGAUCAGCGUGUACACCGCCUACAGCCCCAGCCAGCUGAGGGACAAGAACAAGGCCAUGCAGCAGCAGCAGCAGCAGCAACACGACGGCUACAGCCACGGCCACGGCUGCAGCCACGGCCACUGUGGCCCGCCGUCGGGUCACACCUCGUCACCCUCAUCCCCCGGCGGCGGCAGUAGCAGCGCGCCAGACCCGGACGCCGGCGCCGGCGGCGCCGCCAGGGCUGGUUAUCUGGUUGAUGGUUAUCUAGUUGAUGGUGGUCUGGACGAUGGCGACGACAGCCACCGCCACGGCGACGGCAACGAACUGGUUGGCGAGGGGCACGGCGGCCGCCGGCGCCGCCACCACUGCCGCCAUCGCCACCGCCGCCACCACCGGAGCGGCGAGGGCGCUGAGGCCACCCAGGGCGCCGGCGGCAGCAGCAGCGCCGCGCAGCAGCAGGGGCAGCAGGGCCAGCAGCCGGAGGACGCCCUGUCGACGCCGCCGCCAGCGACUGUCGCCGGCGGCGGCAGUGGCGGCGGCGGCCCAAACCAGAUGGCACCGCUUGUGACGAAGAAGAGGACGAGUGGCGGGCACGGCAGCCGCAGCAGCUACAGCAACAGCGGCAGCAGCAGUGACGGCGGCGGCAGCGAGGCGGGCGGUGGCGGCGGCGGCGGCGUAUACGACUGGGACACACCGUACAGCCGUACCCGCAGUGACCAGGUGCCGCUGCUACAGCCGCCGCCGGAGGCGGCGGCAGCGGCGCCGCCGCCGAGCCCGCCGCCGCCGCCGCCGCCGCAGGUGCAGAUGUACAGCGGAGGUGGUUGCGGUGGCGGGGGCAGUAGCAGCGGGGCUGCCGCUGAUGUUGCUGGGACGCCGCAGCCGCAGCCGCAGCAGCAAGGGCCGGUGAUGGGCAUCCCUGUGCCGGGCUACCCACGCUACUACCCGGCUGUGCCCACGCACACAGCCUUCGUGGGCGGCAGCGGCGGCAGCAGCAGCGGCAACACCGUGCGAGGCGUUCCGGGGGACCUCGGCAGUGGCUCCGCCGCCGCCGCCGCCGCCGCCGCCGCCGCCGCCGCCGCCGCGCCCGGCAGCAACAGCUAUACCGCCCGCCCGCCCACCACAGCCGGCGCAGCUGGCACGUGCGCUGGUGCUGCCGACAAGUGAGACGCACAGCAAAAUAGAGGCAGCCGCACCCGCCGGGGCGGAUGUACAAUCACAACGCAGUAGACAAAGUUGGGGUUGCUAGACAGGAACUGGGAGUCGUGUAACGAAAACCGCUAGCUAGGGCUUCAGCGCUGCAGUACCCGUGCCGUCGGCGGUGCGCCCCACAGCAUGCCACAGACAGUACCGUUGUGUUCGUCCUGAGGGGUUUCCAGGUAGUAGAAGGUGUGCCGGAAGGAGCUGUUGGAAGGAUGUGCCACAGUGUGUGUGCUGAACAAACGGUGUGCUGUCACGCUUUCGUGGCGUUUGGCUGGCUAUCUGGCUGGCUGGGGACAUUAGGAGCGGUGCGUUGGCAGCAAGCUCGGGGCUGGAGGUAGCCGACUGAGAGGUAUCGAGCCGCCGGCGAAAUGGAGGUAGCCGACUGAGAGGUAUCGAGCCGCCGGCGAAACGGAACGUGCAGUGUA